AUGAAGUGGCAGUCGACUUUGUUCAUCCUUGGUGCCCUUUCUACCCAGGCACUCGGCGCCAAAAUUAUGUGCAACGUGGACCACGACUAUGCUGAUAAGGGUGCAAUCGAAUCUGGGAUUUCCUACAUCCGCGGGCUUAGCGGUCAACCUACUGCUGAAGCUAAUAAGUGCAACCGGGUUAGCUGCUCCUGGGGCUCGGGCAUCUAUCUUUGCGCCGAUGACGGCAAGGAUCACACACUGCAGAAUUGGGGAGUCUUGGCGGAUGCCACACAGGCGGUGCUAGAUACCUGUGGAAACGACUCCGGAGUCAAAGGACGACUGAUGGAUGAGAAAGGCUGGGGUGUUGCUGUUCAAGGAGCACCGUGCUAA